AUGAAUCAUGACACUCUAAAUCAGCAAACAGCACCAGAAAGUACCCGCGGUCUAUUCGAUGCACCAGCGGUUUCGUUGCCUUCAAGUAAUGUGUACGAUAAGCGCCGUACUAUUCAUGGUCUUAGUUCAAGCCAACUCGAAAGCUACCAAUACCAAAACAACCGAUACCGUCAACCUAUAUCCUUGAUGCCAACACCUCGUCAUCAAAGAUCUCGCUCUAAUAUAAACCCAGAGAUUAUUGUAUCUUCAUCGAGAUCGACCAAUUCAUUAUCUUACAACAACAACAACAACAACAACACCCAUUUAGAUGGUAAUAACUCAUUGAAUACCGCUAACAAUAACAGCAAUGCCGUUAGAAACCGUAGAAGCUUUAUGGGUUUACAUACAUUGAAAGAGGAAAUGACCGUGGAUUCGCUACAGAACAUGAUUAACACUUUGAAAACCCUACCACCCAUUAUCUCGCCCUCCUCCUCAUCACCUACUCCUCCGCCGACUUCUGCUACUGCCAAUUCAGAUGGCAGUAAUUUGGAAAGACGCCCUAGUGAUGAGAACACCUAUAUCUCCAGAGAAGCUGCAUUGGCAGAAGCAGAAGCUAAAUUAAUGGGCACCUUUAACCGAAGAGAAGACCCAAUGAAAAAGCGUGCUUCACUACAGCAACUGCCAGUUUUGAAUGAAUAUGGCGAUUCGUUCAUGGCAAAUUACAACAGCAGCAAUAUUAACAAUCAUUCUAAACGAGGCUCAAUGAAUAGUAAAUCAUUGAGUUUGUCAUUAGGUGGUAGUAACAGUACGGAUAGAAGAAGUUCGCUCAAUCGGCGCUCGUCUCGUAAUUUUGAUGACUGGAGAAACAGUUCUGCUUCCUUUAACAGUACCGGAAACAUAGAUAGAUCAUCAUUCUCCUUUGUACCCUUCACACCUACUCGUGUCAAUUUUUCUAGGGACGAUGCCAACCCACAUCAACGUCGACCCUUAUUCAUUGCUCAUUUACCCUUCUCAGCUUUAACUCCUUUGUUCAGGGGCAGACAGUUGGUACGUGGUAUUUUAAGAGUCAACAAACGAAACCGUAGUGAUGCCUAUGUCACUUGUGAUGAAUUGGACGGUGAGGAUAUCUAUAUUUGCGGUUCGCGUGACCGUAACCGUGCAUUAGAGGGCGACGUUGUAGCUGUUCGAUUGGUCAACGUAGAAAAGGUGAUUCGCGAAAAGCAAGAGAAAGAAGAAGCCAAGUUGGCAAGAAACAAUGGGCAACCCAAAGCGCGUUUACCUGAUGAAGAAGACGAGAAUGAGAUCAUUUUUGGAGGCGAUGAGGAAGUAGAUGUCGUUAAACCUAAAUAUGCAGGUGUUGUCGUAGCUAUCCUUGAACGUGCACAAAACCAGGUCUUUUCUGGCACACUCACAUUAUCUCGACCCAACAACAAACGUGCUGCUCUUCAGCAGCAAAAUCAGCAAGAAAAUGGAAAUGGAUACAAUAACAGCAGUAACACUAAAAAGGAGGCGCCUCGUAUUGUUUGGUUCAAAGCCACUGAUAAGCGUGUCCCCUUGAUCGCCAUUCCAAUCGAACAAAUACCUGAGGAUUUCGUCGAAAACAAUGAGGCUUACAACAAUCGGUUAUUUGUUGGUUCCAUUAAGCGGUGGCCAAUUACUUCUUUGCAUCCCUUUGGCACAUUAGAAAGGGAGCUUGGCCCUAUCACAGAUCUGGAAGUCCAAAUCAAAGCCAUUUUAGCAGAUAAUAACAUAUCUGAUGCACCUUUCAGUGAUGCCGUAAUGGAAUGCGUACCUCCUCGUCCUUUUGAAUAUAUACCACCUGAAGAUGGUAGUCGUCGCAAUUUGACCGUGGAGAAUCCUCAGCAUCGCAUGAUUACCAUCGAUCCGGUCGGCAGCACUAUCUUUGAGGAUGGUUUAUCCAUUGUCCGUUUAGGGGAUGAUACGUUCGAAGCUGGUUUACACGUAGUAGAUAUUGCUCAUUUCAUUACGCCUCAUUCAUUUUUGGAUAAGGAAGCUCGGGCAAGAGCUGUCCAUGUACAUCUUGACCAAAAAAGUGUUCCAAUGGUGCCAAAAGAAUUAGUUGAUUUGGCCAAUUUCUCGUUAAAUGAUCUAAAACCUGCCGUAUCUGUUAUAUGGAAAUUGAGUUCAAAGGGUAUUAUUUUGGAUACAUGGGUUGGUAAAACGGUAGUAAGAUCCAGCGCUCAAUUGACUUACGAGGAUGCGCAAAAUAUCGUCGAUGGCAAAGAUGAUGAUAGAUAUAGCAAAGAAAUUAGUGAGGAUGUUCGCAUGCUAUAUAAUAUGGCCUUAAAUCUUCAUCAACUACGUUAUACCAGAGAUGCAAUGUCCUUAGCACGAAAGACAUUAUGCUUUGACAAUGUUAAUCAACCUACUUCGGUAUAUUUGACAGAAGCCAAAUCCACCAUCGUCAAGAUAGUAAAAGAGUUCUCAUUCAUGGCCAAUCGAUGCAUUGCUCAGAAAAUAUCCAGUCAAUACCCCGAUCAAGCUCUUUUGCGUUGUCAGGACCCACCCAAUAGCAGAAAAAUUCACGAUUUGAGAGAUUAUGCAUUACGAUAUCUUGGCAUUCCACUCAAAAUACAAAGUGCCGCAGCACUGCAACAGUCUGUCCAAAAUAUCAAAGAUGAAGAACUACGUCAAUUGAUAUCAGUAUUGGUAUUGAAGACAAUGCAGCCGCCCAAAUACUUUUGUACAGGUGCCUUUGAUAUCUUGAAGUAUGCUCAUUUCGCUUCAGGUGUUCCGCUUUUCACCCAUUUUACUGCCCCUCUUCGAAGAUACGCAGAUAUUAUUGUUCAUCGACAGCUUGAAGCAACUAUUUCUGGAGAUAAGCAUUUUUAUUUGGAUCGUGACACGGUACAAAAACUCGCUCAACAUUGUAAUGUCAAAAAGGCAGCCGGUUUCGCAGCACGCGAGCAAAGCAAGCUAUUAUCAUUAGCUUUGUACCUUGUCUACAAACAGACAAAACAGCAUAUGCCUAAUGACCCAACUGAAAUUACGACCGUUUAUAGUGAAGCUCGUGUCAUUGCUGUCAUGGAUGACUAUUUUGAUGUUUCGCUACCUGAAUUCGGUCUAGAAAGACGUAUUCACUUGGCCAAUCUGCCUUUGUGGCGACAUCAAUUUGAUCCCCAAGAACGUGCUCUUACGAUGUAUUGGAAGCAGGGGCUUCUCCCUUCCACUGGUCAACCACAGCAAUGGAGUCUUUCAGAUGACGAGUACGAAGAGGAAGAGCUUUUAACAACGACUGAUAACACAACGUCAACAGCAUACCCCGAAAAAUCCCGAUCGAAUUCCUCUACAGCUGAGCGUACAAUUAGUACGGCUAGCAGUUCUUCUACUAGCCUCAGUACAACAGAUGAUAAUAGGUCGAGUUUGGAAAACAAUAAAGAAUUUCAAGCAAUCGCUCUCGCUGCUGCUAAAGCAGGUAUUGUUUCGUCUGAAGCUUCAGCAAAUGGAAGAAAAUCAGCUACCAAGCGUGCUUCCAUCAUUAGUUCUAGACUAUCCACUAGCACAGGCUACAGUACAGAACAAUGUUCUCAAACAAUCAAGGCAUUGGACAAAAUUCGAGUCAUGCUUACAGUUGAAAUGAUCAAAACACCACCGCUUAUCAGAGUGUUUGCAGCAAACCCUUACGCUUAA